GGGCGGGGUAGUAGUGCUCCGGCCGGCCACAACAAGUGAGCUUUCCCCUUACAAAAAGACAAUCUGACGCACCUCACUGCAGUAGUCCGAUAGCGGCCCAUGUUGUUGUCUGUUCUCAUUAAAACCAAGGGAUUUCCGUUCUUCGAGACUCUUACUCACACUCAAAUUGAAUCCCCUCGCCUAACCGUUCUUUUUAGUAAACAAGAUGGCCAUCCUAAUCCCCAACACGAAACCGAAGGUGCUUAUACCGGAGAAGGUCUCACCUGAUGGACUAGCACUGCUGAAAGAUCUAUUCGAGGUAGACGAGAAGAAAGGUUUAAGUGCUGAAGAGCUCAAAGACAUCAUUGGUGACUAUGAGGCUCUCAUCGUUCGUUCGGAGACCAAGGUGACAGCAGAACUCUUGAAUAUGGCCAAGAAUUUGAAGGUAGUCGCUCGUGCUGGUGUUGGUGUCGAUAAUGUCGAUGUCCAAAGUGCUACUUCCCAUGGCAUUAUUGUCGUGAAUUCGCCGUCCGGCAACAUCAAUGCCGCAGCGGAACACACCAUCGCGUUACUCAUGGCUGUGGCCCGUAACGUUGGUGAUGCGUCUCAAAGUAUCAAGGCCGGAAAAUGGGAACGAAGCCGACUUGUGGGCGUCGAGGCAAAGGGCAAGAUCCUCGCCAUUGUUGGCCUAGGAAAAGUCGGUCUCACGGUAGCUCGUAUCGCAAACGGGUUGGGUAUGCGCCUCGUCGCCUACGACCCUUACGCAAAUCCAAACCUGGCCGCAGCUGCAUCCGUUACCCUAAGACCUAGUCUUGCGGAACUUCUUAAAGAAGCAGACUUCUUGACCUUGCACACGCCUUUGAUUGCUUCGACCAAGGGUAUGAUUGGAAAGGCGGAGCUGGCUACGAUGAAGCCUACAGCCCGCAUUCUUAAUGUAGCAAGAGGAGGAAUGAUUGACGAAGAUGCGCUCGUGGAAGCACUUGAUGCUGGUACAAUUGCUGGAGCGGGUAUCGAUGUCUUCACUUCGGAGCCACCGCAGCAAGAAUCUUCUGCAAGUCGUCUCAUUGCACAUCCGAAGGUAGUGGCGACGCCACAUCUUGGAGCAUCCACCAAAGAAGCUCAGGAGAACGUUUCGAUUGACGUCUGCGAACAAGUUGUCUCCAUCCUAUCUGGCGAGCUACCGCGCUCAGCGGUCAAUGCUCCAAUUGUCCUACCAGACGAAUACCGCACUCUCCAGCCCUACAUCAGCUUGGUGGAAAAAAUGGGUUCCCUUUACACACAACAUUACUCCUCUGUCAAGAUCGGAUCCUUCCGUACGACCUUUGAUAUAACCUACGAGGGAAAGCUCGCAAACAUCAAUACCACAAAACCGCUCUUCGCUGCGCUUGUCAAAGGCCUUUUGACUCCAAUUACUUCGUCAGAUGGAUUGAAUAUCAACAUUGUCAACGCCGAGCUACUCGCAAAAGAACGGGGGAUUCUCAUCAAUGAGCAAAGUUCACGCGAAAAUGUCGAAGAUAAACCUUAUAGUUCCUUCAUUACGCUCCGAGCACGUGCCACACGUUCAGUAUCGCAGGCUCGUUCCAUCAGCUCGCGCAAUAACUCGCCUUCCGCGGCGCGUAGUCUCAAACCACAAGACCACGAAGACCAAGUCAUCCAGGGCUUUGUAUCUGGCAACAAGCCAUUUAUCUCCCGCCUGGACAAAUUCAAGGGCGAGUUUGUCCCCAGAGGCACCCUACUGAUCUGCAGGAACUUUGAUUCGUGUGGCAAGAUCGGAUUCGUGGGGAAUCUACUAGGGAAGGCAGGUGUCAAUAUCAAGUUUAUGAAUGUGGCACCGCUGCAUGAGGAGGCGGAGGAAAGGCAGAAUGAAAAUGGAGAGGCAGCGGAGAACAAUGAAGCACUCAUGAUACUGGGUGUGGAUAAGCCAGUCGGAGAAGAUGUGCUGAAGGCGUUGAUUGGGCCUGAGGGGGUUUUGGAGGCUAGUGUUGUCAACUUCUGAGGGUGGGUGCUGGAAGAAAUCGUGUGUAGAGUUGAAGCAGAGAGUGUCUAGCUGAAUCAUGCGAUGCCUAAAAUACAAGACAAUUGAUAGACAGCAACAUGGAAGUAGGUGAACCUUCUGACCACCUAUCUCGAAAGGGCAGGCGGGCGUGCUCGUUGAUUGGCCGCUAUAGC